GAGCUGCAUCCUGUAUCUUAUGUUAAUGAAGUUAAUGGUGGAGCUCCAGUGACAGUCGGCAGCUGAAGACCAAUGAGAGAGCUCGCAGAUGGAAGGCAGUUUGUUUGAGGCUCUGCAGGAAGGAGGUGUGUGAAGGAGCAUGUUGGCUCCCCCAGUGAUGCAAAAGAAGCGCUUUUAUCCGAUUUUUACCUUCUAAACAGCUGAGAUCAUGCGAACUGUGACUUCUCACGGCUGGGACAGCGUUUUCACAAACAAUCCGUUGGACUUAAGUGUGAAUUUGUUCUAAGAUUUCCUCGCUGCCUGACAGAACUCAUGAAACCUUCUUCAGAGCGACGGCUUUAUGGACUCGCGUAUUAGCUAAUGAUGUCUAUGGGUUUCAUGCCUGACAGCCUGAAUGCGUCAGAUCCCUCCAAAUCGGCCUUUCUAGAGUUUGGCCACGGACACCCGGCACACCAGCAGCACUCCCCCGGACUCUCUCACAUUUACCCCGUUCACGGCUUCCACGCUGCUGGACAUUCCCAGCACGAAAGUCCUUUUCCCGGCAGCGCGUCCUAUGGUCGCUCUUUGGGCUACGCCUACCCCGGAGCGGUGAACACUCAUCCCCCAUCUGCGUACUUCCAGCACAGCAACAGCAGCAGUCUGGCCCACAGCAGAUUAGAGCACCCAGAUCGAGAUAAGUCCACUACUACUGAGAACAGGGACAUUCGCAUAAAUGGCAAGGGGAAGAAAAUCCGGAAGCCUCGGACCAUCUACUCCAGUCUGCAGCUGCAGGCUCUGCACCAGCGCUUCCAGCAGACCCAGUACCUGGCCUUACCGGAGCGCGCCGACCUGGCGGCCAAACUGGGGCUCACUCAAACUCAGGUGAAAAUAUGGUUUCAGAAUAAGCGCUCCAAGUAUAAAAAGAUCAUGAAGCAUGGCAGCGGAUCGGAGGGCGAACAUCUCCACAGCACCAGCGCCAUCUCCCCCUGCUCGCCCGGGAUGCCCCAGCUUUGGGAGGUUUCCGUGGCCAGCAAAGGAGCCCCAAUGCACCCAAACAAUUACAUGAACAGUUUUGGUCAUUGGUAUCCAAACCACCAUCAGCAUCAGGACGCGAUGUCCAGGCCUCAGAUGAUGUGAGUGGAGCGUUUUUGGCCAGGUGCUCUUCAGACUUCACUGACCUCACUGGGUUUUUAACAAGGCCUCCUCUCACAGCUGAACUUUGUUCAAACGUCAUAGACCUUGUUCAUAUUCGCCAUGUUUUGUGUGCGUUUGAAAUUCAAGUUUCACUGCAAAUUUCGAUCAGCCAUCUUUUUUUUUUAGAUUUGUUAUGUCAGUGCAGCUCGUGUUGCACGGCCUCAGCUCACUGAAAUGUGGAUUUAGUGUGUGCAGUUUAACAAGAGAGACUGGAUAAAGGACCCUUUAAAAAUGUGCUGUUGUGUGCAUGGGUCUGCUUUGUUAGCAACACAUAAUCCAACGAGCAUUAUGCUAAUAAAUAGCGGUUGGAUUGACGUUAUUGUGAUUCAUUCCUUGUGUGACGCGCUGGUUUGGGUACCUGUUUUGCCAGUGAAAUGUUUCCACUGUCAGUUUUAAACGUCAGAUGAGUGAUGGAUUUAUAUUCAUGAAACUGAGAAAGAGCCGCUGACUGCUCUUAGAUUUAUGGCUCAUCUGUGAGACCCCCAUCAACAAAGGUUUGCACAGACGUCCCUGGUCAGUUGAUGUAACACUCUAUACAUACAGCCUCCGGUUCUAUGGAUAGUGUGUACAGCUCAGCUUGUGUCAUAAUUCAUAGCUGUGAUAUCGUUUGUCAUUUUUCUGCCAGCGCUUCCCCGCUGCUAUGGA